AGCUGCCCGUGCACACCGUCUAUUACGCAUGUACGAGCAUAGCGACCGGAAGGGGGUCACCAGUACUGGAGCCUCGGCCGAUAGCUGGGCGCCUCUUCUGGCUCCAGGGGGACCCCGAGGACAGGGACCGACAUCUGCGGGGGGAGCGGACCGGGCUACCAGAAAAAUUGGAAGAGGACGGGAGGUGAAGCAGGCGGACGAUCGUCUCGGGCAGAGAGAGGAAACGCGAUGCUCCAGCCUACCGCUGCGCACUUUCAUAGUCCCUUCGUCCCUGCUUCCGCCCCAGGCCACCUGCCCCGGUCCAUCCAGCCAUGUGUGGUAUCCUAGGCUUGCUUCUGCACGAUCCGACGAUCGACGCUGCUUCUGAGAUCUGCGAAGGUCUCUCCCUUCUCCAGCACCGUGGCCAGGAUGCGUGCGGUAUCGUCACUUGCGGUCACAAGGGUCGUUUCUACCAGUGCAAGGCAAACGGAAUGGUCAGAGAUGUCUUCGACGCCACAGCUAUUUCCAAGCUGAUCGGCGGGAUGGGUGUCGGCCAUGUGCGGUAUCCGACUGCCGGCAGCUCGAACCAUGCCGAGGCACAACCCUUCUAUGUCAACUCUCCGUACGGUAUCGUCAUGGCGCAUAACGGCAACCUGAUCAACACCGCGUCCCUCCUCCACUUCAUGGACGCCGUCGCCCACCGGCACAUCAACACGACUUCCGACUCGGAGCUCCUCCUCAACAUAUUCGCUGACAACCUCCAGAAGACGGGCAAGUUCCGCAUCAACGAGGAGGACAUCUUCACCGCCGUCGGCGGCCUCAUGGAGCAAGUCAAGGGCGCGUACGCGUGCGUCGCCAUGCUCGCCGGCUUCGGUAUCAUCGCGUUCCGCGACCCGAACGGCAUCCGCCCGCUCGGGAUGGGCUCCCGGAAGGCCCUCGGGGGAGGUGAGGGCAAGGACUGGCUGUUCGCGAGCGAGAGCGUCGUCGCGGACGCGAGUGGUUUCUCCGAGUGGGAGGACGUCAAGCCUGGCGAGGCGAUCAUCAUCACCCGCAACGGCGUGACCCGCCGCCAAGUCUCCCCGCCGGCCACCUUCGCCCCCGACAUCUUCGAGUACGUCUACUUCGCGCGCCCCGACUCCGUCCUCGACGGCGUCUCCGUCUACCGCUCCCGCAUGGCCAUGGGCGACGCGCUCGCGGACUCCGUCGCGCGCGUCCUCGCGCAGCACAACCUCUCCGUCGACGUCGUCAUCCCUGUCCCGGACACCUCCCGCGUCGCCGCGCUCAACCUCGCGCAGAAGCUCGGCCUGCCCUACCGCGAGGGCUUCAUCAAGAACCGCUACGUCGGCCGCACGUUCAUCAUGCCCGGCCAGCAGAUGCGCAGGAAGAACGUCCGCCGCAAGCUCAACGCGAUGGCGCUCGAGUUCGCGGGCAAGAGCGUGCUCAUCGUCGACGACUCCAUCGUCCGCGGCACGACGUCCAAGGAGAUCGUCCAGAUGGCCAAGGACGUCGGCGCGAAGCGCGUCAUCGUCGCGUCGUGCGCGCCGCCCAUUCGCCACGUGAACGUGUACGGGAUCGACAUGCCCUCGCGCGGCGAGCUCGUCGCGCACAACCGCGACGACGCCGCGAUCGCCGCCGCGAUCGGCGCGGACCUCGUCAUCUUCCAGACGCUCCCGGACUUGAUCGCGUCCGUGCGCCAGUUCAAUCCGGCGUUAGCGCACUUCGACUGUUCGGUGUUCACGGGGGAGUACGUCACGGGCGGGGUCGACGAGGAGUACCUCCAGUCGCUCGAGCAGCUCCGCGCGGACAACGUCAAGCGGCGGAUGGAGCUGGGGGGACUGGGUACGAUGGAGGGCAAGGGAGGAGGGGCGGUCAAGCACGAGCCAAACGGCACGGUUGAGAGUCGGGAGGCAGCGGUGGGAUGCAGUGGGCCGAUGAACGGGGCGGACAGUACCGUAGGUUUGCAUAAUACGUACUCCUUGCAAUAGACUGGGGCGAGUGCGGGCUCGGGUAGAGUUAGAUGAUAGACGAUCGCAGUAUACAAGAAGUGUAGGCUAAAGGUACUUUGUUGGUGUGUAGACCACGGUUAAUGCAGAGGUUCUUGCACGAUCGCAGUGAUUCUGUAUACACCGCACUGUGACCACAGGCCACGCCCUAUAUGUACAUUAAAGCCCCGCCCAGCAGGGACACUAUGAUAAGCACAAGCAUGCGCUGCAGAGUAAAUAGGAGUAGAUGUAGCAAGAUUAGUAGCGCAACAGCCUAAGACCCAAUGAAAAAGACAACCGAAACACCCAAACGGUCUAGCAGGAAUCUAAAUGCACGAGAUGCACAGCGUGCCCCUCUUCUGGAACCCGCCCAGCCGCUCCGAGAUCUCCCUCCGCACCUCCUUAUCAACGCCCUCGCGCUCGCACGACACGUAGAACAUGACCAUGAGCCCGUGGAACUCCUCUCUGCUCAAGUCGCGGUCGAUCCGUGCCCAAUCCAGCGCAAGCAAGUCAUCCACGGACGCGAUCUCAAGUGCGAACGACACCUCCUGCAGGUGCCUCGAGCGCACCUGCGAGAGCAUGACCGUCACCCACGGGAAGAGCCUGUUCGACACGAACCCCCUCGACGCCCGCACGUCCAGGCCCCCGAAGUGCAGCGCGCGCAGCCCGGUGUUGUGCGCGAGGCUCAGGUGGUUCUGGAUCGCGGCGUCCGCGGAGAGGCCGGCGGGGAACUCGACCUGGAGGGACUCGAGCGAGGAGCCGCUCGCCUGGAGGAGGUCGCCGACGGACUUGGUGUUGUCGAGCUCGCGCCAGCAGAGCUGGAUCGUCUGCAGGCGCUGCUCGUCGGGCCGCUGGAGGAGCCAUUCGGUGACGAGCGUGGGGGAGGACUUGGGGUCGAGGAACAGGUAGGAGAGCUGCAUCCGCGACGUGUCGAGCAUCGCGUCUGGCCGCAGCUCCGCCCCCGGGUCGUCGAAGGGGGAGGGGGAGUCGUUCGCCCAGGAAACGGCCUGGAAGUAGAGCUCUUGGAGGGCGGGGAAUGCGGAGAGGAAGGCGACCACAUCGCGCGAUGCGUCGAAGGAGACCUCGAAGAGGAAGAGCUGGCGUACAGAUUUGAACAACCCCGCAAACGCUGCACGUGUGUCUCCACUCAGGGCGUGCCAGCGCACGCGCGCGAGCGCGAGCGUCGUGACAUGCUGGAGCAUCGGAAAGAGCUCUGCUGCGCUGUUGACCCAUGCGUCGUCCUCGCGUGCGGCACCGUCUUCUGCGCUCCGGUCAUAAUCAGCGCUAAGGGACAGCUUGCGGACGCAUGGGGCGAUUCCGGGGGAGGAAGUGAGGAGGGCGCGGAAGCGGGUUACGUCGUCCGAGUGCCGAAGACGGACAUUGCGGAAAAGGUGGUACCGACUGCCUGGAAGCCAGUCCUUGCAUGUCAAACUGCACGCACGGAGGGACUCGAGAUCGUCCCAGAGGUGGUCUAUCGUCUGGUCGCAGAGCUCCGGGGGCAGACGGAUGCAGGAAGGCAUGUUGGGCAUACUCUAGUGUCCUGAGAUAGGGCAAACAUUAGAAAGUUGCACAGAGCUCGGUCAUGUCAAACUCACCAGCACACAGGACAAGACAGGGGGAAACAAUCCAACAGCUGGCGCGGAGUGGUGUCUAUUGAGG